UUCUUUCCUGCCCCACCUGCAACCUUUUUUGUUUUUGUUUUCAACCCUUUGAUUGUUAAGCUAAGUAUCAGUAGAUGCCAAAUAAAAGAAGGGUUUUUUUCCUGUUUUGUUUAAAAUAAACAGUGAUCAUCAUAAGUUUCUUGUUUAGGGUAUCUUUGUUGGGGAAUCUAAGUGUAUUUUCAUCUCUCCAGUGGGGUUUAGCCUGUGUGCUCCAUGUCUGAAUCAGGGUUGAACAAGAUGGCAUUUGAAACCAAUACCAAUGGUAUGAGGUUUGGUCAUGGUGGCGACACAACUUACACCAAGAUCUUCGUCGGAGGUUUAGCUUGGGAAACUAAAAGAGAUACCUUGAAACGUUAUUUUGAGCAGUUCGGCGAGAUCAUUGAAGCUGUUGUUAUCAACGAUAAAGUCAGCGGAAAAUCUAAAGGCUAUGGCUUUGUAACGUAUAAGGAUUCUGAUUCAGCGUUCAGGGCUUGUUAUAAUCCGUUUCCUGUGAUUGAUGGAAGAAGAGCAAACUGUAAUCUCGCAGCUUUUGGCGCUCACAAGAAUAGUCCUACUUCAGCCUCUCAGUCUCACCAUGAUGUUACAGUGAUGGAGAAAUUUAGCCCUCCACCACCUCAAGUGAUGGCCCCUUCAACGACCGGCACUCCGGCAUUUUACCGUCAGCUCAUCCCGCAGUACGCAUUUCCUUACGGGUAUCCUGGUUACUCCCACAUGUAUCCACUGAACUAUUACAAUGUAUAUGGAGGGCAACAGCUGCCAUCCCAUUACACAACUGGGACAUCUGGAGUCCACCUAAGUUACUUCCCCAUGUAUCCUCCCCAGUAUCCCAAACACCGAGCAUUUGUGACCUUAACGCUUUCACCGGCAUCCUCUCCGCCAUUGGUCACAGCCACCGGUGCAGCAGUUGAAGAAGUCACCGGAGCUGCCUCUGCACAAAGUUCAUCAGUGUAAUGCCAAUUACUCUCUAAAAGCAGAAAAGAGAAGGAAAGGGAUUUUACAUUUUAUUUUUUUUAUAUAAAAAAAUCAUACUUCUAAUAUGAGGAACAUUCAAGACAUAAUGAUAGAAAAUAGAUAGUCGAAGCCAUUAUUAGGUUUGGUAUUUAGAUAUAUUCUUUUGUUUUUGUGAAAUAAAA